AUGGACGAGGGGUCGAGCACUUACCCAUCACUGCCGGAGUACUCGUACGUGGAGCUCCCGUCACCCAUCAUAGAUCCAUCGUCGCUUGAUGCAGUGGCAGCGUUCAACAACAGCAACGACCAACAACAGCAACAGUAUGGCCAAGCACUGACACCAUACGCUCCAGUCUCACAAGAGCAGCCGCCGCCGUCCAACGCAUUCGGUCGCUUCCGAGAAGGGCUUCGGCAGGGACGCAGCCAUCAGCCCAAAGUGUACAACGAACUACCAUCCUUCCCACUUUUUGAAGAACCGAUCCCGGACUCGGCAACACUCGAGGAGAUUUGCGUGAAGUACCCCAACCACCUUCGCGGUGAAUACCUGGACGCAUUCAUCCAAUGGCGCUGGACGGCUAACGACAUAUACAGUCUCCUUACACCGCAGGCCAUCCAGGAGUUCCGAGAGCAACGCAUUGCCACGUGCAAGACGUUCAACAACAGAGCUAACUUCCUGUUCAAGCGACUUGACGCACGCUUGAGAACCAUGACCGCCGAACAGGUUGAACAGCUGUGUCUUGCGCCCAAGAUGCGCGGUUGCAUGAUGGACGGUACCGACCGAUACGGCGCAUCCAAGCUGCAGGGCAAAUUCAACAAUCCAUACGCUUCGGCAGUGAGGACGUUCAAACAUCGAAACAAGAACAAUGCGCGCCGAGCAACACAACCUGCCGACGCUGGUGAGAGUCAACAAGAACCGCUGCUUUGGGACUCACUUGAGACACUUGGAGAGUUCAUGGCGGAAAUGGAGGACCACUUCACCCAUCAGUGCGAGUAUGCGGAUUUCAUCAUCGAUCACGAUGCCGAUCAUGGCAACCUACCUCUUGCGCAGCGCAAUGCACUGGUGCUCCAGAUGGUUCAGUUUCCAGUCACUGCUGAGCUUCAGACCUUGUUUGACUAUGAUUAUGUCGGCUCGUGUCCAGCAUUUGUCGAGCUUAUCAACAACAAGAUCGAGGCGGCUAUGACUCCCAUAGUAUAUCCCAACGGCUCGACCGCCGCAACUGGCAGGUCAGGCCAUGCGAUUUCCCCCGAGGUACUGAACUUCGCCAGAAACCAUGCUAUCGAUGCUGUCCGGUUGCAACAGGAAGCCAUAUCGUCGAAGCUUUGUGAGAUUAUGAUCGGCCUCGAUGGUCUUCUGGGUACCGAUAAAAAGGCAAGGGGGCUUGUACAGCGGACAAUCAACGCCACGGCAGUUCUGCAAGGAAACGCUACCACCCCUGUUCAUGCAACAUCGAAGCGCUCCGCAAAAGAUUCCUCGCCCAAAUAUGCCGUCCAAAAACGGGUCAAGGUCGAAAGCCCCGCGAUCGGAUACAGCAAUAACGGGUAUGCGGGAUUCAACCAACAACAUGAAUGGCUGUUGCAACAACCGGUCGGUCAACUGUCAAAUAACGGUCCCGAAGUGAUGCCACAGCAUUACAACAAUGCCCCGUUUGCUGUGCCUAAUGAAGCAAGUGCCGAAACCCCAUUGUCGGGUCAGGAUGAGAUGGACUGGGAUGGUAUGGAGGCGCAACUGGCUGGUGCCAACUUCGACGCUUUAUUCAACAACUGCCCAAGCGCCAGUACUUUGGAGCCUUUGGAAAGCGACCCCGAGUGGCUGAAACAACUGCUGGAGGAAGAAAAUGGCGCCUUCUAA